CGUCUAUGAGGUAAGACUGUAAAGUUGUUGUAAACUGUCGAUUUCAAGCGGUGAAAAGCCAGAAAGCUCUUGACGCAUCAAUUGAUUGAUGUCAAUGGGGAGCACCUGCGGUUCAACAGUCGACUGUCAGUUUUAGUCAUUUUAUAGAUAAUAUUUUACAUGAAAACAUUAAUGAUCACAGGUGAAAUUGUGUAAACAUCAAAAUCACAUUAUCUAUCUUGAUUUGUGAUGAAAUGUCGCAGCUGGGAUCGGCUGUGCCCUCAUCAAACUUACCCGAGGGCCUCCCGGUGUCCAGUUUGGCCCUGCUGAUCCUGGUGCUCAUUCCCUGCGUCCUUUUACUCCUGCUUCUCAACUGCCUGUUCGUGGGAUACAAGCUGUUCCGCAUGACCCGGAGGAAGAGAGACCGAUGCGGGUCGGAAACCUCGCUCAUGCACUCCUCAUAUUCCACCCGCCAGAGAAUCACCCGCUUCUCUGAUGAGCCUCUGUUCGCUCCAAACAGAAAGACUAACUAUGUUUCGGUCUCGGAACCGAUGCUGGCGCCACCCAUCACCUCAUCCCUGACCUCCUCGGCGGAGAGAAGGGCCACCGGGCAGCGCGCCAGGUUUCUACGCCCGGACGGGGCCACUUACGCCGGGUCCGGGUCACUGCGCGUGCCGAACUGGAGGAAGAGCGCACCGGUUCUGCUGCUGUCCAGUGAUUCGGACACGGAGCGAGUCAACACGGUCCCACCGAACUCACCAGCACUUAAUGUGACUCCAAAUGGGUUCACAAUCCGGAUGACUUCCAUGCGUAGAAGCAGCACUAUGGACCUGGAGAAUGCUUCUCUGGAUAAGAUCCAUGUGGAGUGCGAGUCCGCCAGCAUCAUCCCGCCGGAGAUCUCCUGUUAUGUGGCGUCAUCAAGCCCCUCGGCGGGGGGUUCUGGACUGGACAGUGACUUCGGAGCCAGUGCAGGUGUAUCUCUGCGGAUCCUUUCUAUGGACAGUGAUGGUUUCCCGGGCUCAGUCUGGGCAUCCGCUCUGGAGUGGGAUUACUACGACCCAAGUUACGUCACUCAGAACCACAUCCCGAAACACAGACCCCACGCACCUCCCAUCACCACCAAACAGUACUGGGUCUAG